GGAUGAGUAAAGUUGUGCUGGUUACUGGUGCUAACAGUGGCAUCGGCCUAGCGCUGUGUGAGCGUCUCCUGAGUGCUGAUGCUCAGCUGCAGCUCUGUCUGGCCUGUAGGAACAGACAGAAGGCCGAGGCAGCCCGUCAGGCCCUGCUCGUCUCUCACCCGAAAGCUCAUGUAUACCUUGUUCGGCUAGAUGUGGGCAGCAUGUGCUCGGUCCUCCAAGCUGCCCAGGAGGUCAAGCGCAGGUACAACAGACUCGACUACCUGUACCUUAAUGCUGGAAUCAUGCCUAGUCCACAGGUGGAUUGCAAGGCUUUCUAUAAAGGAUUAUUUUCUGGCAAAGCAAUUCACAUGUUCUCUACGGGAGAGGGGCUCCUGACCCAGAAAGACUCGGUUACUUCAGAUGGUUUUCAACAAGUGUUUGCUACAAACCUCUUUGGUCACUUCCUGCUGGUACGGGAACUAGAGCCUCUCUUAUGCCAGCCAGGUAACAGCUCUCAGGUGAUCUGGACCUCCUCUAGUAACGCUCGCAGAUCAGCAUUCAGUCUGGAUGACCUGCAGUACACGCAGGGUGGAGAGCCUUACAGCUCCUCCAAAUAUGCAUCUGACCUGCUGAGCCUGGCUUUAAACAGGCGCUACAACAGCAAGGGUUUGUAUUCAUCAGUGAUCUGUCCUGGAUUGGUGAUGACUAACCUCACCUAUGGCAUUCUUCCCUCCUUUUUCUGGACCCUCAUCAUGCCCAUACUGUGGCUGAUAAGACUGUUUACCAAUACCUUCACCCUCACCCCGUAUAACGGAGCCGAGGCUUUGGUUUGGCUGUUUAAGCAGAAACCGGAGUCACUGGAUCCAAUGGUGAAAUACCACAGUUUAACCUCUGUGCUGGGAAACAAUUACACAAAGACCUGCAAGAUGGACAUUGAUGAUACCAUGUCCGCACAACUCUAUGGGAAAUUACUGGAACUGGAGGAAACCGUGCGGAAGAAACUGAAAGAUAAAGAUCUGCAAGGCGCAAUAUAAAUCACCAAAUCAGAGGAGGAUCAAACAUUUAAUUACAGGGAUAUUCAGUUCCAUUUUUGAAAGCUGUAUUGAGCAUUUUGGUGAUUUUCUUGCUCUACACAACUGAUUAAAGUUAUAAAUUAAGCAGUUGGAUAAAGACUAAAGUAUACCAAAAAGAGCCACUAUUAAACACAAAACACAGCUGUAACUAUGUUUAUAUAUACAGUGUAUCACGAAAGUGAGUACACCCCUCACAUUU